AUGGAGGUGGGGCGCAUGUCAGAGAGCUUCAACUCAGGUCCACACAGCAAGAGGAGGCUCUUCAUCGCAUCUAGUACACUCUUAGGAGGUGGUGACUCGUCUCCUAGUGGAUUGUCCUCUUCUCAACGAUGGCUUGUUCGUCGAUCAAUCGGAGAUGAUUUACUCGAUAGAUUCACGAUCCUUUUAUCGCUAAUCCUUCAGCAAUUUUAGUAACAAUACUCCACGAAUCGCAUUGACGAGAUUUUUGCCGAUGAUCCAACAAUUCUAGUUGCUUAAUCUUUCACCAGCAAUCUGCAGAAAAGUCGCGAUAAUCAGAUAAGAAUAUGAGUUUUGGCUCUAGGAGGAUUCGAACCUGUGCUAGUUGCCCCCCCACCUCUUCUGAGGAAGGUGAUAGGUUUAGUCUCACAUCGGUUGUGCGCUGAAUUUUCAGGUGAAUAUAUAGUAAUGUUACAUUUCUAAGCAAAGUCCCUUUCUCACACAUGUACGACCACUCCUUACCCCACAGCUAGCUGGCCACCUGUGACAUGAAAGGUGAGUGGUGCACAUGUUCCCCCAUUGGUUCAAGCUGCUCAAGCCCUUGCUCACGACUACUCUCGACUGUGCUUCCGACCUACUUGUUGGCCCGGCUGGCUAGUGGGUCUCCCCUCAUUUUGUCUUAUUUUUAUUUUUUAUUUCUUUUUCUUUAUUUAUCUCAAAAGUAAGAUUGUAAAAAUCAUAUAAAUUUAUAUAAAAUCACAUGAUUACCAAAAAAAUCACAUUAAUCAACUAAAAACCACUUUUCACACUUUAACACAAAUAUAGAUCUAUUUAUCAUGAGUUAAGGCUAAAACUGUAUUAUUUACUAAUUAUUAACUCAUGAUAGUGAAGACUUAUCAUUCACCCAUAAUUAAAUUACCACUAGAAUGCGAAAGGGAACCAUUUAAUCAAUAUUGUUCAAGGUAGUAGACCUGUAAACCUGUGACCUUAUCGAUAUUCUUAUUUUUAGAAGAACAAAAUUGAAAAGCUAAUACACAAGCUUCUGUCAACAUAUUUUAUUCAACCCUUGCAAAGUCCUUAUGUAGGUCCUAUCUUAUUGGGGAAGAAAAAGAAAAGUAGAUGAUGAUUUUGUGUGGACUAUUGUGUCUUAAAUAAGGUAACAAUUCUAUAUAAAUAUCCUAUACCUAUUGUAGAUGAGGUGGUAGACAAAUUACAUGGUAUGAAUAUUUUCUCUAAGUUGGAUUUAAAGUCAAGAUAUUAUCAAAUUCGUAUGAAAGUUAUAGAUGUUCCAAAGACAACAUUCAAAACUCAUGACAUAUAUUAUGAAUUUGUUGUUAUGCCCUUCGAACUCUCAAAUGCAUCAACAACUUUUCAAUUGCUUAUAAAUGAACUAUUUUGACUCUUCUUUGAGGAAGUUUGUGUUCAUAUUUUUUGAUGAUCUCUUAGUUUAUAGUUGAAAUAGUAGGAUCACAAAGCACACCUGAUGCAGAUCUUUGUUGUCUUAUCUACGAACAACCUUUAUAUCAAUGUUAACAAGUGUCAAUUCAUCCAACCCUACAUUGAGUAUCUUGGCCACUAGAUUUUUAAAGAGGGUGUUAUUAUAGAUAAGGGAAAGAUUUUAAUUAUGCUCCAUUGGCCACCUGCAAAAAAUAUUAGAGAGCUAACAAGUUUUCUAGGCCUCAUAAGCUACUAUAGAAAAUUUGUAGUCAACUAUUAUUAACAAGAGGAAGAGAAAACCUUAGAAUUAAUAUCUUGAAGAAGAGGAGUACAUGUGGUUAUAUAGAAGAAAGGAAGAAAGUGAGAGAGAAGAAGAAGUAGAGAUGAUGGAAGAAAAAUAAAAACUUGGAGAUAAUAAGUCUAAAAUAGGCUUAGUGGGUCUAGUGGGCCUAUUUUAACAUUCUCCCUCAAGUUAGAAUAUACAAGUCAAACAUGUCUAACUUGAUGCAUGUUGCGUCAUAGAAAAUCUUUGCAAAACUCUUGGUGAAAAUGUCUAUGAGCUGAUGAGAUAAGACAAUGUGUAGAAUAGAGAUAACAUCUAACAUUACCUUAUCUAGAUGUAAUGACAGUCAAUCUUGAUAUACUUUGUUUGCUCAUGAAAAGUAAGAUUCACAAUAAUAAAAAUGGUGGCCUGAUUAUCACAAUACACAGGCAUUAACAUAAGAGAUGAGAUGUUAAGGUCUUCGAGGGGUGAAUUGAGCUACACUAUUCUUCACACCGUCUCAACCAUGACAUGAUACUCAGACUCAACACUAAAGUAAGAUAUCAUAUUCUACAUUUUGGAGUAUCAUGUGACAAGGUUGUCACCCACAUCUAUGUAAUAAUUAAUGGUGGACUUGCAAUCUCCUUUGUCACUAAUGUAUCAUGUAUCUGAGUAAGCUUCAAUCCGAAGAUGCCUAUAUCUUCAAUAGAUAAGACCUCUCCUAAGAGCUCUUUUGAUGUAUGUAAGAACUCAUAACUUUCCUUCUUAGUGAACUUGUCAAAGUUCUUACAUGAACUAACUAAAGACACUAACAACGUACACAAUGUCGGGGUAAGUGAUGGUGAGAUAAAUCAUUUUUCCCAACAACCGUCUAUACCGAUUAGCAUCUUCUAGAAUUGGAGAUGAUAAAUCUUAGAAGCAUGGACAUGCCUCUAUAAGUGAUGACCGUGACUUAUACCCAAGUAGCCUAGUCUCCUAAAGCAUAUCAAGAGUAUACUUUUGCUAAGAGAGAGUGAGUUUGUCAUCUUGAUAGGUGAGAUCAAUCACAAUAAAGUAUCAUGGAACCUUCAUAUCUUGUAUACUAAAAUGUUACUCUAAGUAUGAUUUGGCAGCUCGAAUGUCUACUUCAUCACUUAUUGUCACAAGAAUAUUGUCCAUGUAAACACCUAGAAUAAUAAUGUUGGUUUCAGUAGUCUUUGUAAGUAUGCAAGAUCCACAAGACAUGGUGAAAAUCCGAAUUACACUAGAACAUUACUAAAUUUGGUGAACUAAGUACGUGAACUUUAAUAAAGUCCAUAAAUGGUGCAUUGCAAAAGACAUACCUACGAUGACUACUCUUGAACAACAUAUCUAGGAGGUUUGCUCCAUAAACACCAAUUCCUCAAAGUCACCAUAGAGAAACAUCCAAUUGAUGUAAAAAUCAUGUUUGGUUCACUACAAAGAGAGUAUCACUCGAAUAGUUUUGAACAAAACCACAAGAGAGAAUGUCUUAGUGUAGUCAAUGCCAUAGGCUUGCAUGAAUUCACAAGCAACCAAGCGAGCCUUGUGAUGUCCAAUAGAUCUAUCUAGAUUAUACUUGAGUGUGAAAACUCACUUGCACAUGACAAUGUUGGCAUCACAUGGAUGAGAUAUAAGUGUUUAAGUUUUCCAAGACACCAAGAUAUUCACCUCCAAGUCAAUAGCCACGUUACAUUCAGGUACAUGUGUAGCUUUAAUAUACAAUUGUGGAAUUGACUUGGAAGUCACAGAAAAAACAAAGGUACAAAAGGAAAGAGAAAGACAGACAUAAGAAAUAAAGUGAGAAAUAGGGUGUAUAGUGCAUACACAUGUAUCUUUGCAGAGAGCAAUAGGAAGAAGAAGGUCAUCCAUUUGAGUGUGAGAAGAAAUGAUUGAAGGAGGCUCAUCGGACGAAUCUAAUCUCAAAAUAGAGGAGUUCAAUGGUGACAAAGUAAAAGGUGUCGAAGGAAGAACUAACAAGGAAGAAACUGAACAAGUAGAAAGAGUAGGAAACAGAUCUACAAUGAUCACCUCAAGAAAAAAAUUAGGUGGUGAAGAUACAUCAAAUCAAAGAAGAGUCAAUUUAGAGAAAAAAAGAGAGACUCCUCAUGAAAAAUAAUGUCAAUUGAUGUCACAUAGCAACGAAUCAAGAAAAUAGAUUUGAUAACUCUUUUGUGUUUAAGAGUAAUCAACAAAGACCUCUUUGAGAGUACAAAAGGCUAAUUUAGAAAGAAAAAGAGAGUAGUCUUAGACAAAAAUAGUGCAUCCAGAGACACGAUGAGGUAAGAAAAAAAGAAAGAAUCAAGUGAAAGAUGAUAAAAUGGAAUGGCCCCACUAAGUGGAGUAGAAGGAAGCUGAUUCUAGAGAUAUGUGACUAUUAAAAGAGCGUUAGAUCAUAAAUAAUGAGAAACAUCUAUCUUAAUAAAUAAUGUGCAAGUAAUGUCAAAUAGUUGGCAAAUUUUUAUUCAACAACACUAUUUUGUUGGUGAUGUAUCACUCAUAUGAGUAGAGGCCCCUAAGUCAAUAAUCUAUGAUGAAGAUGAAGAUGCAAGGAGAGUGUGUGUACCUAAUAUGAAAGGAUUUGAAAGUGAUGCCAAAUUGGUUGAAGAAUAAGCCAUGUUACCACUAAAAUGACGUAGAGCAUCAUACUCGACGGAGGUUAAUGUCACCUAAAAAGUCAAAGAUGAGACACUAAAUGACGUCAAAGAAGCUAGUGAAGAAGGCAAGAUAGCUAAUUGAGGAGAGUUGGGCUUCUCAAACUAUUUUUUAAUAUCUAUCAAACAGGUGGUUUUGCUUGUCGCAGUAGAUACACAAAGGAAAAGAAUUGCGGCCCUUCUCUCAUUGCUGAUGGCCACUAUCUAGUCUCAAAGCAAGAGGGUCACGUGGUGUUUAAGAAGUGGAGACGGCCAUUGUCGAAGGAGUAGUUGUGAUGUUGGCGAUAGUAAGAGGAGUGCAUGUACUCACACAGUGCAAUGGAGAAAAUGUCAGAGAUAUCAUGUACUUAAUCUCUAAAGAUGAUUGUCUCACGAAUCUGAGAGAUAAUUGAUGAGUGAAGUCUACUCAAAUAGACUCCGGCAAGAAACUCUUGACAGUAGUACUCGAAUGUCCAAAGGUGAAUGAAUGGGGGUUAAUAGAUGGUAAACUCUUGUAUCAAGGCCUAGAAACGAUCAAAAUGAGUCUAAAGUAAGGAGUUGCCUUGUUUACAAGUAAAAAAUAACUUGAAGAUCUUGACUGUGUGACUAAUAUUUGUUCGAUUGACAUACGAGUUCUCUAAUGCCAUCUAGAAUUAUUGCACAUGAUGAAUCUGAGCAAGAGGCUUGACAAUACUCAGCUCAAUACUUUGAAGUAUUUAAGUAAGGAUGGCUAAAUUGAGUUGAGAUCAUGAAGUAAAAGACAAAUUAGUGAGGUUGGGUGAAUCAAUUGACAAGUGGUGGAGAAGGCUAUGUGACAUCAAGUAGUGCUCGAAUCUAGAGGCCCAUGAUGAAUAAUUAUGUCUAUUGAAAAUAUAUGCCAAUCAAGUGAGUUGUGCCAUGAGCCAUGUAGUAGCCGACUUGAUCGAAGAGAGAGUGAUAACUGGUUGAAGAAUUGGUAGAAGAGGCGCCAGAGACAUCGAGGAUUUGCCCACUAGAUCCAUAGAUCAGGAUUAGUGGGAGAUGAAAUGACGUUGGGCAGAAACGUCCCUAAAGCCGCAUAGGGAGCUAGAGGUGACACGUAGGGCGCCAAAGGUGGCAUUGGGAGGCAGCAUGUGUGGUGCUUAUAGUUAGUGCACAACGCAUUGACAAAAGAUGGCACCAUCAAGCACAUCGAGCAAGCGUGCAAGAUGGUGUUAGGCAAGUGCCAAACAAGCACACAGGUGUGCACAAUAGGAGGUGAGGCAUGCAUGCAAGGCUACAUAGACUGGGCACUAGGUAGAUGGGCAAGGCAGCACUAUAGGAGAUUGCAUCAGGAGAGGAUAGGUGAUGCCGAGAUAUGAGAGGGGGCAGAUUGAUGAUGGCGAAGAAAUCCUAGGUUUAUGAUACUAUGUUGACAAAAGGAAGAAAAAAUCUUGGAAUUAAUAUUUUGAAGAAGAGGAGUGUAUGAUGUUAUAUCGAAGAAAAGAAGAAAGAGAGAGAAAAGGAGUGGAGAUAAUGGAUGAAGAAUAGGGACAUAAAGAGAAUAAGUCCAAAAUGGGCUAGUUGGCCUAGUGGGUAUAUUCUAACAACUACACUUCAAUUGCUUGGCCCCUCACUUCCCUACUCAAAAAGAAUUCUUAUAUAUUGAGCCUAACUUCUCAAGCAACAUUUUUUCAGCUCGAAGAGACAAUGACAAUUAUACUAGUCUUAGCAUUACCUAACUUUUCAUUGACGUUUGUUUCUCAAAUAGAUGUAUUUGGACAUAAAGUGGGUAAAACACUUAUGGAAACUAGAAGACUAGUGACUUUUCACAGUCAAGUCCUUCCCUAUAAAUAUCAAUUCAAGUCAGCUUAUAAAAGAUAGCUCAUUGUCAUUGUCAAAUCAGUGCAAAAAUAACAACACUACUUAAUUCAUAGCCCCUUUACUAUCCAAAUGAAUCAAUACAAUCUAAAGUAUCUUCUUGAAUAGUAGUAUAUCCACCUUCAAUAUCACAAAUGGCUUGUCAAAUUAUUAUGAUUCAAUUUUAUUAUCAAGUAUAAAGAGGGAUGACUUAACACUAUUGAUGAUGCCUUGUCUUAGACACCUCAUAUGGGGGAGCUAAGGGGUGACUUCAGUCUCUCAACCCCACUUACUAGAGACUACUAUUGUUCAACAUGAAGUUGUAAGGAAUAACAAGCUACAAGCUAUUAUGUAUUUACUUACCAAUGGGUUGGAGGUCCCUCACUUCUCUUUGCAUCAUAUGAUACUUCUCUACAAAAAUAGGCUAGUAUUAUCAUCUAAUUCAUCUUAAUACGACUACCAUUAAAAGAAGCCAUGAAUCAGAGGCCAUGAGGGAUUCUUAUGCACAUAUAAGAGACUUACCCAACAAGUUUUUUAAAAGGACAUGAAAAAGGCUAUUAAAGAGCACGUGGAAAACUACCAAGUCUACUAGCGGAACAAAGUUUUAUAUUUAUCUCCCACAAGUUUAUUACAGCCACUACCCAUUCUGCAAGAGGUAUAGGAAAACUUUUCUAUAAACUUUAUAGAAGGUCUACUUAGAUCCAAUGGUUUUGAUACUAUAUUGAUCAUGGUGAAUUGCCUUAGUAAGUUUAAUCAUUUCAUUCUCUUAAAACAUCAAUUUACUACAACACAAGUGGUGCAAGUUUUUGCCAAGGAAGUAGUCUGUCUACAUAGUUUGCCUAAAACUAUUGUUUUAGAUCAUGAUAAAAUAUUUACCAACAAUUUUUGGCGUGGGCUGUAUAAAUUGCAAGGAACUCAAUUCCAAAUGUCAUCAUCCUACCACUCUAGGCUAAUUGACAGAUCAGGGUAGUGAAUAGAUCCUUAGAAUCCUAUCUAAGGUGUUUUGUGUUAGAUCGGCCAAAGGACCAACAAUCUUGACUACAGUAGAUAGAACUUUCCUAUAAUACCACUUAUCACUCUUCCAUCAAGUCAACUCCAUAUAAAGUAGUUUUUGGCCAUGAUCCCCUGACCAUCAUCAACUAUGAGUCUUUCUCCUCUACAAUUUUAGUUGUGGAUCAACAAUUGUCAGCCAACAGAAUUUCAAGUCAAUAAUAAUAUUUAUUUACAACUUCAUUCUUAGAGAAUGAGAUCUUUAGCAAGCAAGGUGAACAAGAAGCUUUCUCCAAAGUUCUUCAAACCAUACAAGAUCAUCUCUCGAGUGGGUCAAAUAACAUACAAGCUUGAUCUUCCACAAUCACCAUCAAUUCAUCCAAUGUUCCAUAUCUCUCAACUACGGCAAGCUUUAUCAACAAACAAUUUCCUCCCUCAAAAGCUCCCACCUUCACAAACUCCCCACUAGUUCCUAGGUGGUUCAUAGCUGCACAUGAUGAAGUGGGCAUCAGAGUUGCACUACACACACCCAUAGCCAAUCUUCUUUGUAUUUUGCCAAACAACUUGAGUAUAGUGAUCACAUACCUUGUUUGGUUGACACGAGUUGCUAUUAUAGUCAUAAUACUACCUCUCAUCCAACCAUGACUUCACGACACCUCUAGUAGUGUAUACGUGACCUCGUCUAUAGAAGAUGUUCUUGCCAUAUGGCCGCUGAGAGUGCCCUAGCCUGUAGUUAUCAACCCUUUCCUAGGCAAAGUCCCAUGCAUCCACCUCGAGCUUGAGGUCCCAUGUGAGAGGCCCCAUGCCCACUACCGAUCGAGUGGCAUUGUGUGGUCUUAGGUAGUCAAUAGGUGAGCUCUGGGCAUAGGCAAGGAGCCGAGAGAAGCUUAAGGCAACCAUGACGACUACUAUAGAUGAUGGCCACCUAAAUGCCAUCUUCAUCCUCUCCCCACCUCAUUGGCAGUUCUUCAAUUCAAAUGGGGAUCCAAAUGAUGUAAGAUGAAUAUGACUAACAUGGAUGAAAUGGGUAGGAAACACAAUUGGUAAAUAACAAGCCACAAAACUCACACACGAUUGGAUCUGAACCUUUGAAAAUCGAUUGUGAUAAGGUGAGAAGAUCAUUCUGCUCCUCGAUCGAGGGCAGGAGGAUUGUCUCAAGUCACCGUGAUAAAACCAAGCUCCACAUUUAAAAUCUUAGUUGGCCUCCAAACAAGAAAAUUGUAGCCCACUUGGCUGAUCUCGACCCCAUACGGCUAAAUCUAAUGGCGAUGGAAACACAUAUGAGGAAAGAUCGGAUGAAAUCAAAACACACAACCACUAGAGAGGGUUGAGAGGGGACCUUCAGCAUUUGCUCACCACAAUGUUGACAUCAAUGGCAGGGUAGGGCGUGCAAGGUGUGCACAGUCGACAUGUAGGGCAGAAGGUUGGUGUGCAAGGCAAGUCAUAGUGGCACGUCUGCCAGGCAUGGGACGUGCAAGCCCUUAGGCAGGAUGCACAAGACACGUGAGCGCCCAUGGGAGGCUUGUACGUGGUGCGUUGCUGGCGCUCCAAGGGACGCUGAUCAGCACAUUUUUUGGCACACAAGUGCUGACAAAGAGACCCGCUGGCGAUGACAAAGAGAGAUGACCAUAGGGUAGUGGGGGGGCUGUGAGAUGGUAAUGGCUAUAGGUAAUGACAGUCACAUGGAUCCCUUAGGGCACAAUCUCUCAUAUAAGAAAAGUCUUAUGAAGAUCAAAACCAUCAUUCAAUAGAAAUUGUAGGCCUAUUUAUAGGCCUCAAGAGGAGAGAGAGGAUUACAACCUAAAGUAAAUAAAAAGAAAUCAAAUAUGAGUAAAUCCUAAUAGUAAUAGAAGUUCAGAUCUAGAGCUCAAGUCUAUUAGUGGCAACGUGGAGUGGCCUUGAUAGUUUGCGGGGUCUCCAAAGGAGGUGAUGUGGAGUCCAAUGAUGUCGUGGUUGCCGAUGGUGGGGCUAGGGUCCAUGCCCCACCACCAAGAUGUAAUACUUAUAACAUUUUUUUGCCGAGGCAACAUCAAUCACUUACCAUAAAAAAACCAAUAAAAUUAAGAAAUGAAAAAUAUAACUAAACAUCUACGACACAAUGUCAUUUUUAUGACACAUCUAUUCCCUUGCUUAAGAAAGUUUUUGCAUGCUUUCAGCUCAACUACUCAUAGUGAAUAGUCAAAGGGGAGCACUACAAUUGUAAUUUUAGUUAUUUCUCACACUAGGAGAUGAUUUGCUUUCAUCUCUUUAGCUAAACUUAUGAAUUUUCUUUAGUAAACGAACUAUUAUAAUAUCUAUGGAGAAUGAUUUUGAAUCCAUGGAGUCAUAUUUUAAUCCUAUCAAAAGUCGCUUACGUUAAAAGAGUAUUCCAUCCCUAGUAAGACAUGUCAACAUAUAUCUACCAUCUUUGGAUAAGAGCACAUGUUUACGGCGUAUCAAAUCCUCAAUCAUGCAUAAGAAGUUAGCUGCCAGCACAUUAACACCGAUCACACCUCCUAGUAUGGAGGUUCAAUCGUCAUGCGUCUAGAGGAGAACCAUCUAUCGUAUUAAUAUUUCAUACUUCACUUUAGAUAUCUAAAAUCGUAAAUUUCAUCACUAAAUUAUUCAUGAAAGUGAUCCUUUUAGAUUUAAGGUGGACUUCUAUAGCUCAUUGAGCAUAGGUAUUAAUAUCACUCAAUUUAAAUUUCUACCUCUCAAAAUGCCAACAACCAUGGCAACAUACCCAAAAAUAGGAAGCCAUGAUUGAUAAGUCUUCAUUAUCAUGAGUUAAUAAUUAGUAAAUAAUAUAGUUUUAGCCUUAACUCAUGAUAAAUAGACUUAUAUUUAUGUUAAAGUGUGAAAAGUGAUUUUCAGUUGAUUAAUGUGAAUUUUUGGGUAAUUAUGUGAUUUUACACAAAAUUAUAUGAUUUUUACAGUCUUACUUUUGAGAUAAAUGAAGAAAAAGAAAUAAAAAAUAAAAAUAAGACAAAACGAGGGGAACCCGCCAGUCAAUCGAGCCUACAAGAGGGUCAAAAGCUCAAUUAGAGAAUAGCUGCGAGCAAGGGAUCGCGUGGCUUGUAUCGAUAGGGGAAUGUGUGCACCACUCUCCUUCCACGUCACCAGUGGCCAACCAAUUGUGGGGCAAGGAGUGAUUGUACAAACAAGAGAAGGGACUUGUUUAGAAAUGAAACAUUAGUAGAUAUUCACUCGAAAAAUUAGUGCACAACCAAUGUGGGCAGGCAACCAACACGAGUUUGAAUCCUCUUAGAGUCAAAAUUCAUAUAUUUUGAUCUGAUUAUCAUGACUUUCCUGCAGAUCGCUAGUGAAGAAUUAAGCAAUCAAAAUCGCUAGAUUAAUGAUAAAAAUAUCGUCAAUGCGAUUCGCGGAGCAUUGCUAUUAAAAUUGUUGAACGAUUUGCGAUAAAAGGAUCGCAAAUUCAUCGAGUAAAUCAUCUUCGAUUGAUCGAUGAACAAGUCGUCAUCGGGAAGAGGAUGAUCUGUCAGGAGACGAGUCGCCACCUCCUGAGAGCAUACCAUAUGCGAUGAAGAGCCACCUCUUGUUGCAUGGACUUGAGGAUGAAGUUCCCUAACAUACCCCCACCUCUAUCCAACUCCUCUCCGUCAAGUGACAACCGCCAAAGAGCUGCAAAGUCACCGUUUUUUUGCUCCGCCGAGUGACAGCUGCCGGAGACGAUUCGACAACCCACUUCAUUGAUCUCUAGACUUCGCAAAGAGAUCUAGAGCUUGCCCACGUCGUCUUUGUCCAAGGAGAGCCUUCAAGGCCAUGAACACUGCACGAUGAUCUUCUCGAAUGCUCAAGAUUCCGAUGCAUUGUCGACGCAUCGCUGUCGCGAUGUCAGAACUCUAUUUUUUUACUUUCAACUUACUUUACACUUCAUUUAGUGAUAAUUUGUGUGAUUUUAAUUUACCAAAAUAUACUUCGUUUAAUUACGAUUUUUCUAGCUUUUACAAAUCUUAAUUUGAUUAAUUAAAUCAUCUGUAAUCACUUAUGUAAAAAUCACCUGACAUAACUCUAUUUUCGCCCAAUUCGCGUUCAUCGGGUGUUGACAUCAUCCUGACGUCCACACCCUUAUUUCCCUUUUUUGUGAAUUUAAAAUAUAUUUUAUUUUCAUUUACUAGUAUAAAAUUCACAGAAAAUAGUAUUCUUUGUGAAAAAUUCUAAAUAAUUACCAGAUAUUAUAUUACAUCUUUUGAUUGACUUGGAAAAUUAUUGCUAUUUUAGAAGUUUUAUUGAAUUAUAAUUGAUAUAUUUAUUUAGAAAUACUUCUAAAUAUUCAAAAAUUCAUAUUUUCUAUUUUUAUAAAUUUUAUAUUUAUGUGAUUUAAUAUACAAUGAUUGAGUCAUGUCCAUGACCUUUCUACAAUGUUUGAACAUUUUUUGUGAAGAUUCAGGACUGAUGCACAGAAGUGUCCAUUGUAUUCUUUCUCCCGUGGGAUCAAUCACCAAGAGUACUUUCUCCGUGUCUUGUAAACUAGCUUAAUGUUCCACUAGCACAACGUACCUUAUCUCAUCAUCUUGUUUCAUAUCUUUACCCCAGGAUUUUGUCAUGCAGGUUGCGCUAAGGCUCAUUCAGAUCCUGUCGUUUGCUUUGGGAGCCACAAUAAUUGAGCUCUAAUUGUCAUCGAACAAUACUGUGGUCUCUCUGGAUGUCGACAUCUGUUACUUAUACUUCCAAAAUAACUACGACAUAAACAAUCUUGUCACAUAAGUUUGAACGUGAAAGGAUUGUGAUUAAGUGGACGAAAUGAACAAACACUCAUGUGCACUAAUUGACUUUCCUCAUGGUUGCUGAGUCUUCCUGGGAGAGUGCAGUCUGCAUAAGUUUUGAAUGCAAUCUUGAAUUCAGAAAAUCAAUUUUUGAGGUUAAUAUUGAACCUUUGAUAAAACACUUGACCUGGUGAAAUCUGAAGGCUUAUCCGAUAUUCUUGCAUUACUACCCCUGCCUGCCCACCAAACUCAUGAAAUAUCUAAGGUCCACUUAAACCAAGAACUUUUGCCUCCUGUACUAAUUAGCACGAAAAAGAAAGAGUCAAGGUAAUGCACAAAGAUUCCAUCUAUAAAUGGUGUUUUAUUUUUGUGA